AUGUCUUCCCCGACAAAGGAGCAGACCGAAAAGGUCGACAAGAGCACGCCUCCGGCCUCGCCAUCAGGUGCUCCGAAGUCUGGCUCGCCUCCGCCGUCCUACGAUGUCGCCAAAGCCUCCCCAAACGCAAGGUCCUCGCCUUCCCCCGCGGAGACACCUGCCGUUCCCGAAAGCGGAGUCGAUAAAGAGGCAGUGAAGGAGCUGUCCGCGAUGUUCCCAAUCAUCGACGCGGGUGUCAUCGAGGCUGUGCUCGAGAGCACGGGCUCGAAGGACGCUGCCGCCGAACACCUCCUUGGCAUGACGGACCCUUCCUUCGUGCCCGAUGCGGCGCUGAGUGAAAGGGAGAGGCAGGCUAGCCUUGACGCCGACUUUGCGCAAGCGUUGCACUUCCAGGACAGGCAAGACCACGCCGACCGCUUCCCCCCUCCGCCGCGGGCGCCUCCAUACCAAGGGCGCGGUGCGCAGGCCCGCGCCGCUGACGCCUCGCGCCGCGUGCGUGACACGCUUGCGGCCCGCCUCGACCGCGACGAGAAGCCGUUUGACCCGGCGACCUACGUGCCGCCGUAUCAGCCGCGUGUCCGCAAGCCGCGCGCACCCCGUCACGGCCCAUCGCCCUACGAUGGGGACUAUGCCCGCGCACACGAGCUGCAGCAGAAGUACGGCGAGGAGGAUGUGCAGUUCACCGAGUUGGAAAAGAAAGUCCUCCACAUUGCCGAGCAGGGCAAGCAGACCUUCAGCUCGCUGAUCAACCGUGCGAAGGCCAAGUACGACGAAUUCUCCGACCAGCGCGACCAUGGGCAGAAUCCCGAGUCUUCUACAGCUCGCACUGGCGGAUUGUGGGGAGUGCCAAGGCCACACGAUCCGCAUGCUGCCUACGCUGGCGCGACCAAGCCCGCCCGCUGGUCCCCUUCUGAGCUGGAUGAUGUCGAGGACGCGCAGCCUCUCUCGCCGCGCGCAGUCAGCGGGAAGAUCUCGCCGCCACGCAGCGGCAACAACAGUGGCACCGCCAGUCCAGCCAGCCCCAGCGGUCGUCCCAGCUCUCCUGGCAAGAUCGAUCUCGGUGAGUCUCACUCUUGUGCUGGCACCGCCAAGGCUCAUGUGGAGGCACACGCCUGCUAG